AUGUCCUCGCCAAUACCCUCAUCAUCUGAACCAGGCAUUUCAUCAUCCCCCGUGUCGACCCGUACGGAGCACCCCCACCACACGCCAGACACGGCAACUCAUGCCAGGCCGAUGCCGCCAGUUCCCCGCAAAACUUUGUCGCUGUCCCGGAGCCUGGGCAGCAUUGGUUCUUUUACAAAGGAUUUGUUUUCGCCAUCCCAUCUUCAGUUGCGCAGACGUGACGGUGCGCACGGUGAUCCCGCGGCGGUGAGACAGCACGGCAUGGCGGUUGAACGCGUCUCUGAACUGGCUGGAUGCGAGCCCGUCAACACUCUGCACCUGCCCCUCCCCAUUCCUGUCGUCAAGAACCUGAAGCUUGACGGUGAACCCAUCUACGUUCGCGUCCGCAACGUUAGCAUUAACAAUGCCAACGCAUACACGUAUGAGCCCAAUGGUAUCGAGGUUGACGUCAUCCGAGCUCGCGACUCGUCAGAACUCUUCUCCUUUGGACACCGCCACCUGCACACGAGGAGUAACAAGCAGUGGAGGCUCUUCACUGCUUUCCUUCACAUGUGCGAGACCGAGCUCAAGCUCCAAGAAGUCAAUGCGUCAACGACCUUGGACAAGGACCACACGCCCGCCGACUCGCAUGGCGUGCGCACUCGCGGGGUCAACACCCCAGGCGACUAUGAGCGCGGCACCAAGUACCACCUCCCUGUGGCAGCGCGGCAUCACCCAUACCCUGAAAGAGAGCCCUUCUCCUCCCGCUCUUUGAGUCUAUAG